GUGGCUGCGCCGGGUUCCGCUAGGGACAAGCAGGGAUGAGUAGCUCUGUCAAAAAUGCACUGGACACCAGAACAUGCUCAGCCUCUGAAUCAGUGGCCGGAGCAGCACCUUGAUGUCUCCUCCACCACCUCCUCACCUGCCCACAAGUCUGACCUCUACCACAGCAGCCGGCAGCGCUUCAACUAUGCCUGGGCCAAUGAUGACAUCUCUGCUCUGACUGCUUCCAACCUCCUGAAGAGGUAUGCUGAGAAGUACUCUGGAGUACUGGACUCUCCCUACGACAGGCCAUCGGUGCUCAACACCUAUGGGGAUGGCGCUUUUGGGCCACUCAAUGGUCAGAAGGGUGAGAUGGAGCCUUGGCCAAUGGCACACACCUCAGAAGGGGCCUAUCCUCUGAAUCCAAUGCACGAUGGAUUAUCCGGCUCCAAAGGGAUUGUUCCUCCUGCUGUUACUCCGGGUAAUGGUCUUGGCACCUCUCCUGUAGUUGCUAGCAAUCUCUCUGAUUCAAUUUACCCCAGUAACUCUUGUGGGGGACCCGCCGCUUCUGGAACUCUCGGGGCAUCUCAGGAGUAUCCCUCGGGCUACGGUGGGGCCUACCUGCCAUCAGGCUACUGCAGCCAGACUGCUUCUGCGCUUCCACCUCCUCACCCAUCUACCCUGCAUAGCUCAGGCCUCCUACAACCUAGCCAUCCUUCCACAACUCUUGUUCCCAGCUACAGCUCCUCAGGACCUAUGUACAACUAUGCCUCAGGCAGCUACCCGCCCCAGCCUAGCUAUGGCACCAUCCAUCCUCCCCAUCCAUCAGCCUCAUAUUUACCCUCAGGUAUUGCUGCCCCUACCCCCAUUCCCCCAUCCUCUCGACCCCCUGUGGUCCCUGGAUACAGCUACCAGAGCCCCCUCGCAGUGCCUCCACUCAGUGGUGAGUCAGGGAGCUCUCUGAAAAGGAAGGCCUUUGAUAUCGCUGGUAGUGAGGAUGAUAGUGAAGGCAGGUAUCGAAAAUACAGCUAUGAGCAACCAAAGUCCCCAUAUCAGAUGUCCGACAGUGGUGAAUGUAGAGGGAAUGGAUUCAACCGAAGCUCUGAGGUGCCUUUCAAAGGGGGCAAAAGGCCAGCAGGAUCAGGAGUAGCCGUGACAACAGUGGCUUCAGAGGAGCCUGUUGGGAAAUACAGCAGCCAGCCCAUGAAAGGACUGGUUUCUCCAGCUUACAAUGUUGGAGAGGCCCCACUGAGACCUAGUGAGAGUUUUGAGAAGUUCACUCCUCCAGCUGCCAAUGGUGAGCAUGGAGGAGAUUCCUUUUCUCUCAGGAUGCAACCCAAACCACCAACAUUUAGCAGUGACAACAGUGACCAGACAGUAGAAGAGCAGCCAAAAGCAAUGGACCCUUUCGUUUUGGAGUUGGUGAAUAACAAAAUAAUUGACUGUGGCCCACCAGUACAGUGGACAGACAUCGCUGGGCAAGUCUCUGUCAAAGCUGUCAUAGAGGAAGAGCUAGUAUGGCCCAUCCUGAGGCCAGGGGCUUACACUGGGGUAAGCCGCCCACCCAAAACCAUCUUGCUAUUUGGGCCCCGUGGUGUAGGGAAGACCCUGCUGAGCAGGUGUAUUUCUACACAGCUGGGAUCUACCCUGCUGAAGCUCAGUGGGACAGGUUUGAUCUCCAAGUGGAAGGCCGAAGCCGAGAAGAUCCUGCAGGCAACUUUCUUUGUGUCCAAUUGUCGUCAGCCUUCCGUCAUUCUCCUCACAGAUGUGGAAUCCCUGCUGGAAGACUCUGCCAUCUUGAAGUCCCAACUCCUCUCCUACCUGGAUAACCUUGCUACCUCAGGCGAGCAGAACGUGGUUGUCAUAGCAACAACCACCAGGCCUGGCAACCUUGAUGAUGCCACCCAGAGGAGGUUUGCUAAGCGUUUCUACAUUUCCCCACCAGAUAGCGUUGCCAGGCGGCAGAUUCUGCACCAUGCUCUGGCCCAGCAAAACUACUGUCUCAGUGAGAGGGAGAUGGCCUCCAUUGUACAACUCACUGAGAGCUAUUCGGGCAACGAGCUCCUUCAGCUUUGUCAGCAGGCUGGGGCAAACAAGCUGCACAGCCUGCCCGGCCAGCUUCAGCCCACUUCCUACAAGGAUUUUGAAAGCAUUUUCUGCAAGAUCCACCCUGCUGUCUCUCAGAAGGAGCUGGACUUGUAUAUGGAAUGGGAUAAAAUGUAUGGUUCUCGACAUUAG